ACUGCAGUCGUGAAAAUAUUGUCUUGUUUCUGAUACAACAUAGUAGCUUUGUUCUGUGUCAAGAGAUAGUUUUUGCUUCACUACCUCGAUUACUCGAAGACAAAGCGUAAGAUAAACUAUAUAUAUAUGAGAAAAAGUACGCGACGGGAAUGACUUCAAGAGUUAAAUUUUCACCUAUCACGUAAAGUAUUCUUCGAAAUUCUCUAAGCUUGACCGCGUGCAAUGAAAUCUCUUCUUGUUGGACCCGAUCAGUCACAAAUUGUGCGACUGAUCUUAUUAUAUGACAAAAUGUUUUAUUAAAACUUUAUUCAGUUAACUUAUUAUGCAAUACUCUCAUAAUGAUUCCUUGAAAAAUAUCAGUAGAUGAAAUGUGGAGAUUUUACCUUGUAGACCUGAUAUUGUUUCUUGCUGCAGCAUCUGCUUUCCUGUUAAUGCCAUUAAGAAAUGAAUUUAUAUACAAGAGGGUUGCUGAAAAACAUCAUUACAAUGAAUCCGGUCAAUCAUAUUGUGGGCCAAAUGGCACCAAUCAGACUAAUGAAGACACUGUAUUAGCAGAUGAAGUAUCAAGGUCGACGAUGUUUAUCAACCUUUCUAUUUUUGUGCCUGCUAUGUUAGCGGGAGCUCUUCUUACAUCCUGGGGCGAUAGAGUUGGACGAAAAAUUACUCUUGCAAUUCCACUUGCUGGUAUGACAGUGAGCAGCAUCAUCCAAGCAUUAAUCAUCUAUUUCCACUGGCCUCUGGAGGCUAUGUAUGCGUAUGGUGCAGUGGCAGGAGGUACAGGAUAUUUUAUGACGGUGCUGAUUCAAGGGACGGCCUAUCUUGGCGAUGUAACAGAACUUGAAGGCAGAGGAAAGCGAUUCACAAUACUUGAAACUUUCAUUGGAAUCGGUGGAGGCGUGGCUGGUUUGGGAGGCGGCUAUUGGAUAAAAGCACAAGGAUUUUUACCGUCUGUAUGGUGUACAGUGGCAUUAACAUUUAUCGCCUUACUCAUUGUUCCAUUUCUUCCGAAUUCAUUGGAAUAUGGGAUUAGGAAUAAAAGGGUUUUAGCAAAGCUGAAGAAUGACAAAAAAGCUGGUACUUCAGUUCCAUCGUCGUCUUCAUCUAUAAACAGUGAUAAAGGAGAAAGUCCUUACAUGGAAGUUACUCAUGACAGUGAUAAUGACAAUGAAAAAUCUCCGCUGUUGUCGACUGGGAAACGUUCUAAACAAGGAAAAAAGAAAUAUACCUUUUUUGAUUUAUGGAGAGCUGUAUGGAAAGUGUACUCGACAGAAUAUAUGACGUGUGACGAAUGUUUUGGGCCAAAUCCCGAUAUUAAACAAUUAAAAGCAGAAAUGAAAAAUACAAAAUGUGAACACGCCGGAGGUAUUAUGCCUGGAAGAGUGUGGAGACUAUGGUUGUACAUCAUAUCAUAUUGCACGUAUAUGUUUUUGAACGUUGGAAUCAUAGUGUUUCAAACAAUAUUUUUCCUUUCGUAUCCUCUUUGUUUCACUCCUGUUUUGGUCGGAGCGCAAUUAUCCACAAAAUUUAUAUCUGUCGUUGCGGGUCCCAUUCUCGUCUAUUUAUUUCAGAAGUGUGGAAUCGGAAAUCAAGCGAUAAUCGUUAUCAGUUUGGUAGGAUAUUUUGGAUUUCCAUUCUUGAUGAUAUUUGCCAAAAGUGCGUGGCUUGUUUUUGUGGCAACGAGUAUGAUGACGAUAGGUUGCAUCCCAAAGCCUUUUAUUCAAGCUCAAGUAUCAUCUCUUGCUUCUGAAUCUGAGCAAGGAGCAGCGUUUGCUAUGUUGUCGUCUAGCGAGGUACUCAGCUUUCUUCUUGCAACGGUUUGCUACUUAACGAUCUACCCAGCAACGCAAUAUAUAUCACACUGGUUUUCAUGGAUGUUUUCAGCAGGAAUUGCUCUCAUUCCCCUCUUCCUAAUGGGAAUUGUUUGGAUAAUAGACAAGAAAGAGGGAAGAACGGGAAGGAUUGAAUAUGAACAGAUUGCAGAAGAAGAUUGGGAUGAGCCGCCGCCGUAUUAACGUCCCUUAGUGUAUAAAAGUUACUGCAAUCGAAUGAAAAUUCUUAUAUAUAUAUAUACCUAAUAUCUAUGCAUAAAGAUAGUACUUGCCUACAUUAUAUAUUCCGUGGUUAAAGAAACUGGCUCAGUUAUUGUACCGCGUUUAGAGGUGGAUUAUGAACUUACUAAGUCCCUUCCAUGGCAUAAUACGCUAUUUCAAAAAGAUAGUAAGUAACAUUUACAAGUUUUUUUGAAGUAAAUGAAAGUUUUUGAAGAAACCGUAGAAAAAAGUUA